GGUGGGGCUAUCAGAGGAUAAGAAAACAGCGCUACCUGAGUCACUGACCUCCGGAGCUUCACAGGGAGAGAGAGACAGACAGACAGCGGAGCUGCGGCCUCUGUCAGCGGCCAUGGCCACGCUGGAGAGCUGCCGCUGCCGGAACAACAGCAUCCUCUACAGCAUCUUAAAAAGUGAUACCCUGGUGACUGGAGAUGAGGAUCAUCACCACCAUCACCCUCAACUACAACAACAACUAACGGUGCAACACUUGCUCCAAAAGUCCUCCUCUUCUCCUUCCUCCACCUCCUCCUCUACAUGCCUAGCCCCAGCCUCCGUGCAGGAGCUCAGGCAGCAGCCCUGUUCAUGCGGUUCCACUCGCCGCCGCGGCAUCCUCCGCUCCCCGCAGGUCACCUGUAAAGCCGCGUCGGCGGUUCUGGUCAAGACGCUGCGCUUCAUGAAGAACGUGCCCUGUUUUCGGGAGCUGCCCGAGGACGAUCAGCUAGUGCUGAUCCGGAGCGGAUGGGCCCCGCUGCUGGUGCUGGGUCUGGCACAGGACCGGGUGGACUUUGAGACCACAGAGACCGUGGAGCCCAGCAUGCUGCAGCGGAUCCUCACCGGGCUGCCUGAGCGCCACAGUGAGCCCGUAGCCGGGCACGGCCAUGGGGCGGUCGGGGUGUCCGUGGUGGAAAUCGAGGCUAUCAAAGCGUUCCUGAAGAAGUGCUGGAGUGUGGAUAUUAGUACCAAGGAGUACGCGUACUUGAAAGGAGCAGUGCUGUUUAACCCAGAUCUGGAGGGUCUCCGCUGUCUGCACUACAUCCAGUCACUGCGUCGUGAGGCUCACCAGGCUCUGAAAGAACACAUCCGGCUGAUUCACCGCGAGGACACAACACGCUUCGCUAAGCUUCUCAUAGCCCUGUCCAUGCUGAGGUCCAUCAGCCCUCUGGUGGUGGCCCAGCUCUUCUUCAGACCCGUCAUUGGCACCGUCAACAUAGAGGAGGUGCUCAUGGAGAUGUUCUACGGGAAGUAACACAGAAACAGUCCAUGCAGAGGUGAAUUCAGAGUCAGGUUCAGCUGCCAAGGGGACUCAGGAGACAAGUAUCAGGUGUGAGGACACUAAGAAAAACUAUAGAACAGUGGGUGGGACAUUUUCAAAAACUGUGCAAAUGACCCACACAGGAACGAGAAUGUGUGUGUUUCUGAAUGUGAGAGAAUGAGAGCGUUGUUUUGAGUAAAAGAGAAAAUUUACAAAGCAGCAACUGGAAUUCAUAAUUUAUUUGUUUUUAUAAAAAAAACAUUAUUUUUCUAUAAUAAAAGUUAAUCUG